GGUGGAUAUUGGUGCUAGUGGGAUUGUUUGUGUUAGUGUUUGGGUGUAGGUUUGUGUUGGUAGGUUGAGUAGAUGUGGGUGGGUGUAGUUGGUGUUAGUGGGAUUGAGUGGGUGUUAAGUGUUUUGGGUGUAGGUUUGUGUUGGUAGGUUGAGUAGAUGUGGGUGGGUGUAGUUGGUGCUAGUGGGAUUGCGUGGAUGUGGGUCGGUGUAGGUUGUUGUUGGUGGGUUUUGAGUGGGUGUGAGUGAGUUUUAGCGGUGGUGGGUAUUGAGUGAGUCUAUUUAUGAAGACUAUGAGAACAAUGGUUCCUCUUUUUGAUUUAAUUACUUUAAUCUGACUGUAAAAUAUUGGUUCGACAUCGAUGGGCUUUCGAAAACGACAAAUGUUCACAUUUAUUGCAUAUCUUUAGAGCAUAGACAAAUCCCUAUUCCCUUUAUUCAACAAAAAUACUAACUAAUUGUCUAUUUUGUUUACAUGUGCGGAGUAUACAAACAGCGGCCUAAUUCUGACUGUUUCUGUCAUCCCAUUGUUUUUAUAAACUAGACUCCUGCACGUUUUCCUGUUAUCUACAUUUUGUGUAAAUUAUAAAAUUCUUUUUUUUUUUUUAAAUAUAUUAGAUAGGGUUUCGCUUUAAGUUGAAAGGUUACUUCCGUGUUAGUAUUUUCAUUGAGAUAUAAAAUUUUACUAAUAAAUCAUUGGUAAAAUAAGACUGCGUCGUGGACCGUUAUUCAGUUAUCACGGUCGGUGACGAUUUAUAGCCGUAUCAUAAGCAGUUUGUUCGAUAUCGGAGGAAAACUAACAACUCGCGUCAGGUGUAUAUAUGAAUUUACUGCGGUUUGUAAAUGCAUGUCACGUUUCCCAUGCUUUUAACUGCUGAGGAAUCCCUUCAUACUAAAGAUAUCUCACUGAGUCGACAUGAGAUUUAGAAACCGUUCAAACCAUUUCCAUGAAUCUCAAAAGAUAUUCAGCAUGUCUCGUUGCAAGUCUGUUUGCAACAAUGGUAGCUUUCAGCACCCUAGUUAUGUUGAGCCAAAGAUUGGGACCAGAUCACUUUAGACCAAUAAAACUUCUGAAUGUCAUGCUACAAGGUAAUCGGAUGUCAUCCAAUGGCAUCAUCAAGUCCACGCCAUUCAGAGAUCCACUUCCGGUUGCAACAAAAACUGAUAUAGAACUUAUUGCAAUAGCAAAUACUCAAAUAAAGCCAUCGGUGCCUCCAUCUUCCUCUCUGCUACCUUCCCCAACAAAAGUUGGUGCCACUUCAUUCGCUACGAAACUCAGGACAACAUCUUCUAAUGUAAAAUCCAGCACCCCAGCAGCUUCCACGAAAUCAAGCAUCACAACAGUAACAGAUGCUAAAUCUACGGGAGUAUCAGAGUCGUCUUCCAUUAUCAAUGUGACAAAAACAAAACCCACAUCACCCUCACCGAAAACAGCCAGAAGGAAGCCCACAUUGCCCUCAUCGACAACAGCGGCAACAAAGCCCACACCGAUAACAGCCACCAGGAAGCCCACAUCGGCAACAGUCACAACAAAGCCCACAUCGCCCUCACCGAUAAAAGCCACAACAAAGGCACAAUCCAAGUUCUAUGUGUGCCCCACGUUCAUGGGAAGACUUGGAAAUCAUUUAUUUCAGUUUGCGUCGGGAUUUGGCAUCGCUGCGUCCAAGGACAUGCAGUUUGUGGUUGGAGAAAGUGAUCUGAUAUCCCGAAUAUUUCAGCUGAAAAACAGUAGACACCUUCUCAUAAGUAGAGACAGACACGAAUGUGCCCACGCCAGACCUCACGUAGAAGCACGUGCUUGUUCCUACGAUAAAAAUGUUGGAAACUUUAAACCGGAUGCUACAUAUAGAGUUGCAAGUUAUUUACAAUCUUGGAAAUAUUUUCAAAAUGCAUCCCAAGAAUUACGGGAACAAUUGAAAUUUAAAGCUCAAUCCCAGACGAAAGCUGACAGUAUUAUAGAUGGUAUUUUAAAGAAAUACAAUGCAUCGCGAGAGAAUGUGACAUUAAUUGCUAUUCACGUAAGACGUGGAGACAUGGUCAAUCAUGGCUUCGGGUAUUUAGUGGCUACGAAGGAAUACUUUGAAAAAGCAAUGGAAUUGUUCAGCAAUUAUUCUAGUCCUAUUUAUAUACUUUGUUCUAAUGAUCUCGCAUGGUCUAAGGCGAACAUACCUCAGACAAAAACUGUUGAGUUUAUAUCUGGGAAUUCAGCGGAAGUCGACAUGGCAUUGAUGGCGUCAUGUGAUCACGUGAUAUCGUCAGUGGGUUCCUUCAGCUGGUGGACGGGCUGGCUGAAUAAUGGUACAGUGACAUACUACAAAUGGCCGGCCAAGGAAGGAUCCGGUCUCCGCGCUCAGUUCAGUUCCGACUUUAUGGACUAUUUCUAUCCACAUUGGACAGGGUUAUAACCAUUAGUAAUCUUAGUGUAUUGGGUGAAGUUUACAGUAUUGAUGAAAUUGUGUAUAACCAUAGCAUACUACGUUAACAAUUAUUGAGAUUAUUUGUAUGAACUCUAGAUUGGGAUGAAUGUAGAAAACAAAUGAACGUGAUUCCUUAUAACAGGUAAUUUCUGCAGUUGUCCAUUAAUUGCAGAAUUUUGCGGAUAGGAAAAAUCCGCAAGAAUUACAAUCGCAAAAUAUAUAGAUACAUGUAUAACAACCGCAGAAACGUGGGAUAUAAUUUGCUACCUAUUGGGGAUCAAAUCGCUAACAUUUCCAAACACAAAAACCAGUAAGCCGAAGUGUUUGAUAUACUGUAUGUUUGAUGUCAUAGUUCGUUAAUCUUUCUGAUCACCAUUAUGUUGGUAAAAGUUCUUUUGAAUAUGUUGGAAAUGUAGAGCAUCUAUUAUUAGCAUGUAGUAUUAUUGAUAUUGAGGGAUAUGAUGUUAUUGUUAUCGUCUGCUCGUCAAUUGGUACCAAAAUGUCUGUGAUAAGCAUUUGUCAUUAAAUCGAACUUGCAUAUAUCAUUGCAAUAAAAUUUUAUUUUUUAA